AUGGCUCGCCCGGAACUGGAGGCAGCCAGCUUCUCUCUGGCUAUGCUGGCCUGGAUAGGCACCAUCGUGUGCUGUUGGCUGCCCACGUGGCGUGUGAAGGAAAUUUCUGAACACACAUUCAUUUGGGAGGGCCUGUGGAACCUGUGUGAGGCUGACAAAUUUGAGAGCCUGAAGUGCAUGAUCUACAACUCACGCCCGGUACUGCCGCAGGACCUGCAGGUGUCUCGAGUCCUGGUGGUCACCUGCAUCUUCGUCACCUGGCUGGGUUUGCUCCUGUACAUGAUCGGGGAUGAACGCAUCUGGUGUGUGUCGAGUAUGAAGAAUGAAGAAAAGAUCAUGAUGGCAGCAAGUGUGUUAUUCCUGGGGGUUGGUCUGUUGCUGCUGGUGUCUGUGUCCUGGGUAACACACAAUGUCAUCCUUGGCAUUGCCAACCCUCAAAUAGUCUCCCAAAGCAAACCAGAGAUGGGAGCCUCACUCUACCUGGGCUGGCUCAGUUCCCUGCUGCUUCUGCUGGCAGGGGCCCUUCUGGCAGCGGCCCACAUGUGGUGUGAGGCCCCAGCUAACAACGAGCAGCCCAGUCGCUCUGAGGGCUCUGGGGAAGGGCCCUCCUCAGACAACAGCCGUGCAUAA